UUAGGAAAAUGUCGAAGCCAAUCUCUGCCAGCGAUUGCCAAAUGAGCUGAUAAAUCCCCAGCCAAAGCGAGGGCAUAAAAAGCAAAGCAGCCCCAAAAUCAACACCGCACUCGACGGAAUCUUCAAAAAUAAACGUACAUCCCACGGAGAAUGAAGGAUCAACUUUUAUUAAUUGUGCUUCUGCUGGCCGUGAGCUUAGUGGAAUCGCUUACUGCUGUUCCGGAUAUCGCUUCUCUCUGCCAGAUUUCCGAGCCCUGGCAAAUGUUGCCACACGAGCAUCAUUGCCAGAGGUUCUAUGUCUGCACCGGUGACCCGGAAGUGCCCUUCCAGGAGUUUAGCUGUCCACUGGAAUAUCAUUUUAGCAGGGAACUAAAGAUAUGUGUACCGGGCACCUGCUCCGAUGAUCCUCCCUCCCCCAUUUGUGGCUUAAUAAACCACGUUGAAAGAGUUUCACACGAUUGCUCGCGCUACAUGCAAUGCUUGACGGGUGGUGCGUAUGCUGUGGCCAAGUGCUCUGCCGGAAACUACUUUGAUCCCAAUCGCAAAGCCUGCCUGCCCGUAGCCGUGACGGCCGCUCACCAGUGCAGCUGUGUGCUGCCGGAUAAUGCCACAUUGGCCAACUCAAAUGACUGCGAGACGUAUUUCCGCUGCAAGAAGGGAGAGGCUGUGUUGGUCCAGUGUCCUCCCGGAGAAUACUUUGAGGCGGAAGUGGGCACCUGUCUGCCGGACCUCACAGGCAUCUGUCUGGAGAGGCCCACAAUGCCGCCGCAGUCGAUGGUGUCCGCGAAGGCUCUGGCUUUGGACGAAUGCAUACGGACGGGAAGUCGCCUGGCGCCACAUAGACGCGAUUGUCAGCGGUACUAUAUUUGUGCCAGGAUGCGGGUGAUUGAAAUGCGCUGUCCCCGGGGUCAGUACUUUGAUGUAGUGCAUCGGCUGUGCAGCCUGGAUCGGCAAAGCGAAUGCAAUGUUUCCACAAUGGUGGAGAACAAACAAGAGCAGCCGAAAAAAGAGGAUCAAGAAGUGGACAUUAAGGAAAAUGAGUUGGAUUCGGUUUUAGCUGAAGAUCUGAGCUUGCCAGGAUUAGAGGCCAAUGCAAAGCAGCCGGCGCCGCCGCCAAAUGAACGGGAUGUAGUCAGCAACUACGACAAGUUCUCUUCCAAGUUUGUCUCGCUAUAAACAGUUAUUUGUAUAAAAAUUUAAAUAAAAAUUUAAAAAAUAUAUCUUAAACCCAAACUGCAGCAUGAA